UGAUAUAAUGAAAGAAUCGCUAGUUUUAGCUUCAGUUUGUAUCCAAGUUAAUUUCUUAAAAGCAGUAAUAUAUUUACAUCAAGUGUUGUUACAUGUGGCUACUUGUACUGAUAACGCAAUAAUAUGUAACAGGAUCACUUUAUUAUAGGCAACUUUAUUUUCAAAAUGAAUAAAUUGCUUGUGGGGGUUUCCCCCUUUUACAUAUUCGCAAUAUCACGUCAUAAAUCACGUCAGUGUGUUUUCAAUUGUUUUACAGAACGGUCAAUUGGAGUGACUGCAAACAUGCCAGUUAUAUAUAAAUCUUUACAAUCAAUUCUCGACAUUAUUGAUCAAAAUAAGUGGAAUGAUAAAUUCGAAAUAAAGACUAUGUUAAAAGAGUACGAUAAUUUGAAAUUAUCAUCGUCUCAAGUUACCAAGAAGUUUCCAUUAAUAGUCAUCGAAGGCCUCGAUGGCUGUGGUAAAACAUCGACGACGAAACAAAUAUCGAAGAAAAUAGGCGCUUGGCUUCAUUGCACACCACCAAAAAUGUUUGAUAAUUUACGACCGUAUUUUGAUGGACAUCCAGAAAUACGAGGUAUAUUCUAUUCACUUGGAAAUUACAUAGCAUCGCUCGAAAUGAUGAAAAUAUUGGAAACGCAGCCUGUCAUAUUAGACAGGUUUUGGCAUUCGACUGUUGCGUACGCUCUUGCCCAAAGUGGAACUUUACCACCAAAGGGUGACGAGGUUUACGAAUGGCCCAUGGAUUUAUUGAAACCAGACGCGGUCUAUUUCUUGAACGUGAACGAGGGUGAAAGGUUGAAACGUAUUUCCGGUAGGCAGAUGCACACGGAACAAGAAAAAUGUAUUGCGAAUGAUUCUACAUUUAGAAACAAUAUUAUUGAAGCUUACAGGAACAUGAAAAAUCCAGAAGUUCAAUUUAUUGAUGGUAAUCAAUCAUUUAUCAGUGUGGUGGACACUUUACUGAAGAAAAUUCAGCUGAUCAAGUAAUAAUAAACGAAAUCCGGUGGACGAAUAUUUUUUUUUUGCUACUUAUAAAAUAAAUAUUUGUAGUCCUAAAAAAAGGUUUAUCAUCACUUGCAAAACAUUGACAGGAAACUGAUAAAAGUUAUAAUUUUUGAUUGCUAUACGCAGUGAUAGGAAAUGUUGGUGUCCGUUUUUGAUUUAUUAUUACUAACAACUAUUGUUUAAUUAAGAUUAAAUAAUAUUAAUUAUUAAAAGAACUUUCUUCAGAUCUAAUAAAUGUUACAGUUAUUUGCAAGUUUUUGUCCAAUGGAAGUUGCCAGUAUUCGCAUAUAAUGCUUGUUUAAUAAUUGUUACAGUGACUAUAAGAAAUAAACUUAUAUAUUUGUUUGAUCUUGAAACAUUAGCUUAUUGCAAACAUAACAAUAAUAAUAAUAUUUAGUUGUACUUCUUUGUAUUAAGUACCA